AUGGAGUCUGGCAAGAUGGAUUCUCCCAAGAGCAUGAAAGAUGCACAGAUGACAACACAAAUCUUAGAGGAUAUGAGGAUUGCAGACUACGAGGCAAGAGCUAUAAAUCAGAUAUCGGAGUUCGCCUCAAUUCUAAAUAAUGCAAAAAUUUAUUCAAGCCACGCUAAGAAAGCUACUGUUGAUGCAGGUGAUGUUCUACUGGCAAUCCAGUGUUGCACUGACCAGCUUUUAACCUCUCCUCCCCCCAAAAAGAUUUUUAAAUUUGAUUUAGCAAGGCAAAAGAGUCAAACCUCUUUGCCAUUGAUAAAGCCCUAUUCAAGGCCUAGAUUGCCAUUUGAUAGAUAUUGCUCGACUGCUCCAAACUAUAGACUGAAGUCUUUACAAAAUCGUAUUAGUUCUAAUAGUUUGUCAAUUGAUUUUUUUCUUUUUACUUCUGAAGGAAGAAUAGCAGUUCCAUGGUUAAGUGUUGGUUCAGUUACUAGCACACAGGCCACUCUAGGCCCACUGACACCACAAGCCACAUCUGAUUCAACUAAGACUCCAAUGUCCCUCAUAGGGCAAAAGUUCUCAAUACAGAUGCCCACUCAGUCCCCAGCUGUAAAAGCAUCAAUUCCUGCAACAUCCGCAGUUCAGAAUGUUCUAAUUAAUCCAUCAUGAGUAAGACCCCAAAACAUUCUUAUUAUCAUUAACAUAGUAUCAUCACAAAAUACCUCCAAUGUCAUGAACUGCAUUCAAAUGAAACAUAAAGAUGACAAUGAUGAUGUGAUGAUGACUAAGAUCAUUUGUAAUCUAGACUUGAUGCAUAUAACAUGUAUGCUUGGUCUUGAGUCCAUUGUUCUGAAAUUGAACAUGCGUGGUGGAAGUUUCAACUUGUUUUAG